AUGCCGAGCCUCACACGCUUACUUUCUCGGCCAACUGCCAAGCCGUAUCGAACGAGCGAUCUUGAAAGCAGUGAAAAGCCACAUGUCAACGAAAAUGGCCAAGUAGACUUCUCACCAGAUGAUAUCGAGAAUCCUCACAACUGGUCAACGACUCGACGCUGGUACGUGACUUUUGCAUCUGUCCUGCUCGUCGUAAACGCUACAUUUGCCUCUUCCUCGCCGUCAGGGUGUUUCCCGAGUAUCGCCAAAGAGUUUGGUGUCUCUGAAGAAGCUGCUGGUCUCACUAUAACACUUUUUCUUCUUGGGUAUUGUGCUGGACCCUUGGUUUUUGCGCCCUUAUCUGAAUUUUAUGGUCGCCGUUGGGUCUUCUAUUCUACAUUUAUUGCGUACAUUGCAUUCAAUUUCUUGUGUGCUUUUGCACCGAACUUUGCCAGUCUCUUGGUUGGGCGCUUCAUGACAGGCACCUUUGUCAGUGCACCUCUUAGUAAUGCGCCAGGUGUCCUAGCUGAUCUCUGGGGUCCGGUCGAGCGUGGAAAUGCUAUGGCUGCAUUUUCGUGUAUGGUUUGGGUUGGCCCAGCCUUGGGACCCGUCGUGGCAGGCUUUUUGCAGCUUACCAAGGAUUGGAGAUGGAGUUUUUAUGUUCUCCUAUGGUUGGGAGGUGGAACCGCUCUCAUCAUGUUCACUAUUCCCGAGACCUUUGGGCCAGCUAUCCUCCGCAAUAGAGCAAGGCGCAUCAGAAGAGCUAAAAUACCGGACUACGAGGAUAUCCGAGCACCAGUAGAGGAUUCCGACCGCACUCUUUUCGACUCGUAUAAAAUCGCGUUGACGCGGCCGUGGAUCAUUCUAUUCGAUCCAAUCUCAUUCUUAGUGGCUGUAUACAUGUCCAUUGUUUACACGCUUCUUUACAUGCUGUUUUCCAUAUAUCCCAUUGUUUUCCAGGAGCGACGAGGCUGGAACGCUGGUGUCGGCGAGCUCCCCUUGAUUGGUACAGCUAUUGGCGCAUGCAUUGGCGCUGGUGUCGUGAUGAUUGACUCAAAAUAUAAGGCUAGAAAGGUUGCCAAUGGACAAGAACUCACACCUGAAGACCGACUACCCCUGGCAAUGAUUGGAGGCGUCGGUUUUGCAGUGACAAUGUUUUGGUUUGCCUGGACUGCAGAGUUCAACUCCAUUCAUUGGAUUGUACCGACACUUGCUGGGGUGUUUCUGGCUACUUCAUUGAUGCUUAUAUUCGUCGGCUUUCUCAACUACCUUGUCGAUACAUAUCUCAUGUAUGCAGCAUCGGCUAUAGCUGCAAAUACUGUGGCGAGGUCUGCUUGCGGUGCGGCCGCCCCGCUCUUCACGACAUACAUGUUUGAUGCACUUGGAAUUGGAGGCGGCGGAUCUCUCAUAGGCGGAGUCGCCACAUUACUUUCUGUCAUACCAUUUGCUUUCUUUAAGUUUGGCGCACGUAUUCGACGUCGCUCGAAGUUUGCUCCGACAAACGAUUCCAGCGAUAGCGAGACCGAGCAAGACCAGCCAGAAGUUAACCGUGCCUCUUCACGAGCAUCUGCGGCAACAUCCUCCCCAGAUACCAUUGUUGAAGGAGAAUGUCAAAGUCCACUAAAUAUAAGGAAGAGUGCAAAUGUUGUCGGUGAACCUGAAGUUGAAAAUGCUCGAUUUGGACAAGGCGCAGGGCAGGCACAUGUUUGUUAA